GCCAGCGAUUGUGAUAGCGCCGAAGAAGCAUCAAGAAUCCACUUGGAUGUCCGCCAGGCUCGUACGGGUUUCUGCGAGCGCAAUGCAUAGCAUAUCGGACGGAGCGAGGACAACCACGGCAAUGAUGAGAGUUUCGCGCAGGCAUGUCAACAGCGGCAGCGGGCACGAUUGAUACAGCAUACAGAAGACAGUCGAGAUUAAAGUAUAGAGGUAGCCACAUCAAGAGCCGGCACAUAUAUAUCCCUGAUACCCUCCAGCCAAGAUGGCCGGGUCAGCUGAGGAGCAGGACUUGUGAGAGGAGCAGAUAACAGGCAAGAGACGGAGUCAAAACAAUGCUGUACUCGAUCGUAACAAGCAAAAGGAAGCAUCUAGUCCCAAUACUCAGAAACCUGAUUGAUCUGUAAAACACUUUUGGGGGUGUUGCCUGCCUAUCCCCGCCCAAAUGACGGCGAAAUGCUGACUUUCUCCAGACACCGCAGGUAAUGAAAAGCAGGUCAGCAUAGCGAAUGCUAACGUAAGAUGGCUCUCAGUCUCCUUAGCGUAGAGCCAUCCCUCUGCGUGCGGUCUUUGCCUCGGCUUCAUGCGAGACGACACAUGUCACGUUUGAGAAAUUCCGGUACCGGGUAAAUCUUGACUCCCGGGCACCAACAACACACCACGAACGACCCCAUCUAUCGAUUCACGCGCUUCAACCCAAGGAAUCAUAAGAUCCCGAUUCUUUUCCCUUCUGCCUCUGUUCCACAUCAGCACCAGCUGUCCUUUGCCUCUUUCAGACUCUUACUGCCAUCUGACGAGCCCUCUCAUUGGGACAAUCAUCACCCGGUAUCGUUGUAUUCUCUCCUGGACUGUCUUUAUCCGCAGUAUGAUUUAGCAGACCUUGUCUUCAACACUUCAACAUGAAGUGGUUUCGCCGCAUCUCAGCCCGCCUCCCGCUUAUACAGGAGGAAAGAAAGGAAGAUCUAGACUUUUCCGGUUCCGACGACGAGGCAGGACUCGACCAAGAAAAAUCAUCAGAGGACAACCUUGAUCCUGAUGCCGGUACAAGCAGAUUUCAGAAACGGAAGCUAGAUGAUGAUGAUGAUGAUGAUGAUGACUUUAUGAUGGAAGAGCUGAGAUCGUCUACAACUCGAGUGGAGCCUGCCCAGAAAUAGCCUCCAAGCAUAACAAGCGUGUGACAAAUCGUCUACCGAAAGAGCACAUUCUGUAUCUUCCUCUGCUCAUUCAGCAGCUAAUCUACUCGUUGGUUCUGGCGUCGGAGGAUUUGUACAUUUUUCUUUCAGACGGCAAAAUGGUCCGAAAGCCACUCGUCUACUACAAGAUCCGAGAGAAUAAUCGCCUUGUCAAGAAAGAGCUCAAGAAGCACGAAGGCACGCCCAUCUGCAGGGCGCCCGGUAUACUGUUGGUAUGCAAGCAGGUUCGAGGACUUGCUGUUCGAAUCUUCUACGUCAGCAACUCUUUCGAAGUUCGUAUCAGCAACUUCUACGGCGAAGGCAUCAAGGAGUGGUGGCAACGCACUGAAGCUCAGCGCAAGCAGGUUGGCAUCGAGUCAGGACCCCUCGACUGAAACGGAACGAUGCACUCAGUCGACCAGUCAGUAAUGAGACAUCCAGCAAAGCCUCUACUGCGUGAGGUCGCUGAUCACCGCCUCCUCUCAUUCCCAUCAUCGGAGAGCCGAAACCACAACUCAGCGUUGCGCAACCUUAAGCCUUUUAGUGCAGCACCUGCUUACGGGACGAUUACCUUGCACGUUGCAUACGAACCCAACUGGCAGAACCUCGUCACUUGGCUCAACUCAUCAAUCGAAGGUAAUCUACUAAAAUACAUGCCCACAGACCUGGCCCACAAAAUCGAAGGUCAUCGCCUACAGACUGUAGCAUGGUUGUUCAAAAUCACGGAGCAGUACUCCAGAUGCGACGAUCAAGCUUUCGACAAGACCAUUAUGUCUCAUCGUGGACACCUUAUCCGCAAUGAUCUCGGAUGGUCUGUUGACCACGUAAAUGAGGUUGAGGACGACGAUGAAGGUAUGGACUUCUUGUAUGGGGCCAAGUACGAUCACGAAAUGGCCACUGCGAGGGAUGCCCAACUCUGUUCAGUAGCAGGAUCACCAGCUGGCAGCCCGAUACUGAAUUCCCCGAGUCAAUACCAGGAUCCUCGAGAGAAUUUGUCUCCUAGCUUCCUCGCCACGAUGCGCAGUAUGAAAGAUUUCGAUGAGCAAGAAGUGGAGGAUGAUUCUGACUAUGAUAUGGGCGGCGAUGAUGACACACCAGGAAGAGCAAUCAGGACGACUCGUGAAACGCUAGAAGACAUAGAAGGAUGGAGUUGGUCGUUGGGCCGCAGGGAGUGCAAAGAAUGAAGAGGCCGAGCUGGAGUUGAUUCCCUUUGACAAGUGAAGACGCAAGGAACGGCCCUGUCUCCUGCUUUUCUCUUUGGACUGGUUGAACUGGUUGAGGUCUGCCUGGGUAGCAAGUGGCCUGGUAUUGAUGGUGCUUGGCGAAAGGUCUUCUUCCCAACUGAGUCCGGAUGGUACGCCGGCAUAGCUUUGUAUCCCCCAUUCCACCAGAGCCUCCAAGCCCACGUCGAUUAGGACGUCAGACUUGAUGGCCCCGAAGGGCCCUGCUGAAAGGGAUAGGCCACGGUUCUUGCGAACCGAGUCAGCGCCUGCAAGCAGGAUACAUGUACCCAAGGCUAACGUGCCUCGGCCAUCUCGACGUCGGAGCCGCUGCCCCUCGACGCCUUCUCCUCCGCCCGUCUCUUCUUCUCUUCCAUCCUCUGCCGAAUGUGCCUAUGCGGUCGGCUCUGUGGGCCCCUCGGCCUCACCCUCGGCUUAGCGUAACCGGACUUCGGCCGGUCUAAGAUAAUUUCCACGUCCGAUGGGUCAAUACUCCCAUCGGACGCCGCGUCCUCCUCUUUCUCCUCCUUCUCCACCUGCUCCUCGCCGGAACUCUCUAAACCCCUCUUCGGCCUCACUAUCAAUGCAAAAUUACAUUGAUCACCGCGGAGUCCCAAUUCACCCAGAGAGCGGGCGAGAUCCUCGUCGUUGUCUAUGCCGUCGGCUACCAGCACGUGCGAGAGGGAGAGGCGCUGCUGGUAGGGCUUGACGGCGCCCUCGAACGCCGUUUCGAUGA